AUGGAUUUAUCGUCAUUAAGUCAGCGUCAUCGACAGUUGGAGGAGGAUCAUUUAUACUUCUUCACCCGAAAACAAAUUCGAAGUGUUCGAGCAUGGUUCGAAGACAUUGAGAUGGUGGCUCAAAUGAUUGAUGCUGAUGAGUCUGUCUUAUUGGAACAAGCAGUUGAACUGUUAAUCGAUGGAGCCGAGCGAUUGUACUGGCAACGAAGAAAAGUGUUAAUCACAUGGUCGGAUUUUAAACAAGGAAUGAUAGCACUGCUAGCACAAUUUGAUAAGGAUUCGAAACGAAAUAACAACACAAACGCUACGAUGCAAUCUGUAAUCUUGAUGAAAGAACGUCGGCGUACCAUCGCAUGGCAUCCACAACACGUCGCACAUUACAGGUCGUAUCACGCUAGUAAAUCAUCUUCAACUAAUCAAACACCGGUUUGCUCGUCAUCUCCUUCUCCGCUCUUUGAAUUAUAUCCGUUUGAAGACCCGUGGCCUAACGGUACUGAGUCAUGGCAUAUUCAUGAGAUACGGCCACAACGAUCUUCAUUUACAACCAGGCUCGAUAGCGAAAUGUUGAUGAUCACACCACAAAUUAUGGUAGAACAAAAACAUGAGCCGAUGCAAAGUGCACUACAAUCGAAUCAAAACGUACUUGAAUUUGCAUCGACAAUUGAUCCAAUAUCAUUUCUACCUGUUAAACUACCCACGGACAUGAACGACAUCGUUGAUAUGGAUGUUUGCCUACAAAAAUCCUUACGAUCAUCCAAGACAGCAAUUGCUUCAAAUGUUUUGAAACAAAAACAGCAGCACCGAUUUGUUCGGAACUUGAAAGAUUUGUCAAACGGUUCAUUACUCUCGUCACAUUUCGUAUCGCAAAUGCAGCUACGAGAUCAAUCGCGCAACUUAUUAUUGCAACAAAUAGGUGUACACUCUACUGUGUUGCUAUUAUGUUUAUUUACCGUACUAAUACGUUUCGAUAUUGUACACUGUCUGACGUAUCUUAUAUACAGUGUUACCAAAGAAUCUCAAACGUUCGCAUCAAUACUCUUUGUUGGCACGAUUCUCACUAUCUGUUCCCACCAUUUAAAGCAUUUAACGCCGUACGUUAAAACCAUUGAAACACUUCGUAAACUCGAAUCACUCUUAAUUUAUCCUAUUACAUAA